GCUACUUUCAAGCUGACGAGGCUGUCUGGCCUGUUGGGCGGGGUUAUGAGACUGCGCCGCAAAUGCCUGAGGCAUGUAUAGGGUUGGCAUAAAUGCGAAGACGAGGUCCUUUCAUGCCUCCUUCUUUCCUUCUUAUCCUCAAGUUUGAUACUCUUGUUAGUGAGAUUGAUAGUUGUUUUUAUUUUUCAUACCACAAUCAGAGGAGCUCAGUCCAAUACUGCAAGCUUAGAGCUGGCCAGCUCCCAACAUACAAUUCGACAGUCAUUGCCCCUCCUCGGCUCCUUACUCCGACAGUGACACCAUGAAGGGGUUACUUCCCGCUAUCUGCACCGGCCUUUUGGUAUGCCAUGUUCAGGCUGGCCCGGCAGCAUACGGGAUUUGCCAAGCCGGCUGCGCAUCUGUGGUCACAGCUUGCUACGCAGCAGCAGGCUUCACUUGGGGAGCAACUCUUGGGGCUACUGCGCCAGCAUCCGUUUUAGCCUGUAAUGGUGCCUUUGGGAUCUGUCAAGGUGCAUGUGCCACUGCUUUACUGGCACCAACCUUAUAAGGUGCGGGAAUUUUUCGAAAUCUCUUUGAGACAGUCGGUUAGGGCGAGAACAUAGGUUCCAUCAACUUUCAGUCUCGAAAGGGUAUUGGCAGAAUUACUAAGGUGGGCUUGCUGAUCUCGCGGGGACAGCCAAUCGGCUCUCGGGGCUCUAGUGCGGAUGUGCGAAUGUGUUGAUGCAAUUGCUUUGUAUUUAUUUUUGUCCUACUCCAGAAUCCAGUUCCUAAAGCUUGUCUUCCUUACUUUCUGCAAUGUGAAAGUUCCUCAUCCCGGCGG